AUGGCUUCAUCUGAGACGUGUGACGUGAGCCGAGCGGCCUCCACGCUCCAUUACUGCAUGACGGUCAGCGGCACGGUGCUUCUGGUAGCUGGGACACUCUGCUUUGCUUGGUGGAGUGAAGGAGAAGCAGGUGCUCAGCCCGGCCAGCCGGCCCCUCCCACGGGGCAUCCAGUGCCUCAGGCCCCCAGUCCCCUGCUCAGGUCCGUCAGCUUCUUCUGCUGCGGUGCAGGUGGCCUGCUACUACUCUUCGGCUUGCUGUGGUCCAUCAAGGCCAGCACCCAGGGGCCUCCCCGAUGGGACCCAUAUCACCUCUCCAGAGACCUGUACUACCUCACUGUGGAGCCCUCGGAGAAGGAGAGCUACAGGGUCCCAAAGGUGGUUGGCAUCCCCACUUACGAGGAGGCCGUGGGCUGGCCACUUGCCGAGGGGCCCCCGACGCCACCUGCCGAGGGGCCCCCGACACCCCCUGCGUACCCCGCGGAAGAAAGCCCGAAGGACUGUGCCUCCGGGGAUGCCCUGCGUGGGACCCAGCCCCCCUUGCCACCGCCCAGCUACGAGAGCAUCAUCAGUGCUGUCAACGGCCUCUCUGGAGAGACAGUCCCCGCCACCGCGUGCUCCUGCCCAGGCCCGGCUCAGACGACAGUGGGGGGAGGCACACUCCAAAGCUGGAGACAGAUGAGCUUCUAG